GAUAAUUGUUCACAGCUUUCUAAAAUGCCGAGCAGUCUGAACAAAGAUAGUGUAGAGCUUGACAUCAUGCCUGAAGGAGAAGCGGGCACAGAAAGGGAAGACCUCGCGUCAAGCAGACGACCAGAUACUUUACCUAUACGUGCUGCAAACGUUUCAGGGGACGAUGUAGAUUUCAGAGAUCCUAUUCCACCUCAAGAUGAAGUUGAUGGACAACGGCAAACCUCGUCUUCCAAAAGUCCAUUUGCAGACAGACAAAACUUUGUUAGACAAUUGUGUGACGCCUCACUGUUGGCCGCAAACGUUUCCCAGCUCCGGGUAGUAUUAGACGGAGGUUCAGAGAACAGCUAUUACAUUCCAUUAUUAUGGAUGAUCGGAUUUUCACUUUUAUUUCACAUCGGGUUUGGAAUGCUAAUGAUUCGUAGAUGGAUAAAGGAAAGAGAAGCUGAAAUGUCUCACAAAAAGUCUUCAAGUCAGCCAGGUACGCCAUCUUCAAGUGUUAGCGUCUUAUCAGAACAGGCCAAAGGAGUGACUUGUCCUUGCUCCUCGUGUUUGACAGUAGAGAGAUGUGAUGAGAUCAGCAUGUAUAUCAUGCUUAUAAUCGUUGUUUUAAAUGUCUUUAUUGCAGGACUUGGGUUAUCAGGGCCACCGAAAGGUGGAGCUACUGGUAACUAAAACAAGUUCGAGAAGAUCUUUGUUUAAUAAUUGUGUGUUUCAAUCAAGAAAGAAAUUUUAGGUUUUAUCAUAUUAUGAUAUAAAGAUGACCAUGUAUUUAUAACUUUUAAUAAAAACUUUGUUAUGGGAAGCUUCAAGAUAUAUAUCAAGAUAAAACACUCGUCUUUAUCUAAUUAUAUACGGAGUAAAAGUUGAACUGUUUUCAUGAUUGUACAUACAUCCAUAAUAAAUGAUCAUUUCUCGAUAAGUUUUUAACAUAUUCUAUAUUGACUCUUCUUUUGAAAUGAUGUGGCAAUUUCAAAAAGAUGAUCAAAAUAUUAUUUGCAUAGGUAAAUUAUUGUUUAUUUCCUUUAUAGUUUUGUUUUAUAAACUUUUAUGUGUGAUAUUAUGUUUUAAGAAAAGAAAAUUUCAUGAAAGUUUUUGUUUGUUAUACUUUGAUGACCAAUUUAAAGAAAAACUAACUAUU